CAGCAGUAUUUUUGGCAGGAACGUGCCCGAUAUCCUCCGCUGGGGCUCUUCGUGGGGUUUGAACGCCCAUGGUCUUUGGGUACUCUCUCUCUCUCUCUAUCUCUCUCAAAGAAUUUGCAAGCCAGUGUUUGACAUUAGAGACAUUCUUCGAUUACCAAGUUGGAGUAGAUUGACAUCUGGAAUGUGAUGAAUGGCACGAUCGCAUCCAGUAGCUUACGCGCCGCUUUCUCGCACUGCGUACAGCAAGUGCGAAGCUAUGACUACCAUCAUUACCUCUGCCUCCUGGAACUUCCCCCUUCAAUGAGGAAGGCUGCAUUUGCACUUCGAGCAUUUAACGUUGAAACAUCAAGGGCCAUGGACGUUGCUACCGAUCCCAGGAUCGGUCUCAUGCGACUCGUGUGGUGGCAGGAAGCUAUCGACAAAAUAUACGCUAGCAAAAAGAUCGAACAUCCAAUAGCACAAGCCCUUUCAUCUGUGAUAUCUGAGAACAAAAUAAGCAAACUGUGGCUGAAACGGUCUGUUGAAGCUCGUAUUAACGACGCCAGAAGGGAGGACACUGAAAUUCCAGAAACCAUGGAUGAGCUAGAGAAAUACGCUGAAGAUACUGCAUCAACACUACUCUACAUGACCCUUCAAUCUGGUGGCAUUAGGUCGACAGCAGCCGAUCAUGCAGCAUCUCAUAUCGGCAAGGCAGGAGGGCUGCUUUUGUUGCUCAAGUCAUUACCAUAUCACGCUACUCGAAAUCGCCAUUGUUCUUACAUUCCUGUCAAAGUGGCCGAAGAGCACGGUCUGCUGGCUAAGCAGGGAGGGCGUUUCGAGAUGCACUUAGAUUCGAGAGAGAGGCUAUGUGAUGCAGUGUUUGAGAUGGCUUCUGUAGCCAAUGCUCAUUUGCGAAAAGCUCGAGACUUGUCUGGGACCGUGCCGAAGGAGGCGCUGCCCGUGCUUUUGCAGGCUGUGCCUGCUCAAGUUUUGUUGGAUUCUUUAAGAAAGGUAGAGUUUGAUGUGUUUGAUCCAAGGCUACAACGUGGAGUUUUGGGUGUUCCUCCUUUGUGGUUUCAACUCAAAUUGAAGUGGUCUUCUUUGAGGGGAAAAUAUUAACACUAAUUUUCUUUGUUUAUCAUGUAUUUUACUCAAGGGUCGGAAUUAAUCAUUAAUAAUUUGGGUUAGGUCAGGUAUCACACAUUGAAUCGGUGCAUUCGUGAUCCUUAUUUAAAAAAAAUUGAUUACCUCGUCA